AUGAAAACUAUUGACUGGAAAGCGGUCUACCGUGACAAGAAUCUAUUAUCUCAGUAUGCAGUGAAUGUGUUUAACAGAUUCCAAGAACUCUUUCACUACGACCCAGAGAACUCUCAGUUAGAUUCAAGGAACACAGACCUGAUCUAUGGAAACUUGAUUAAAGCCAAUGAGGAGGUGGCUCUAUCUACACUCCCCCAAAAACCAAAAUCACAAAGAAGUCCCAUUUCUUUCUUUUCAUUUUCUAUUCAUUCAAUUUUUUCUUUCUUUCUUUCUUUCUUUCUUUCUUUCUUUCUCUCUUUCUUUCUUUCUUUCUUUCUUUCUUUCUUUCUUAUUAUUCUAGAUUUCUCGCUUUUUAUUUUUUUCUUUACAUUUUCCUUUCAUUCAAAUUCUUUCUUUCUUUCUUUCUUUCUUUCUUUCUUUCUUUCUUUCUUUCUUUCUUAUUAUUCUAGUUUCUCUUUUUUAUUCCAGAUUUCUUUCUUUUCCUUUUCUAUUCAUUCAAUUUUUUCUUUCUUUCUUUCUUUCUUUCUUUCUUUCUUUCUUUCUUUCUUUCUUUCUAGGUUUCUUUCUUUCUUUCUUUCUUAUUAUUCUAGCUUUCUCGCUUUUUAUUCGUUUUUCAUUUCUUUCUUUUCCUUUUCUAUUCAUUCAAUUUUUUCUUUCUUUCUUUCUUUCUUUCUUUCUUUCUUUCUUUCUUUCUUUCUUAUUAUUCUAGCUUUCUCGCUUUUUAUUCGUUUUUCGUUUCAUUUUUCCAUUCUUUUCUUUUUUUUCUUUCUUUCUUUCUUUCUUUCUCAUUAUUCUAGGUUUUUUUUUUUAUUCCAGAUUUCUUUCUUUUCUUUUUCUAUUCAUUCAAUUUUUUCUUUCUUUCUUUCUUUCUUUCUUUCUUUCUUUCUUUCUUAUUAUUCUAGCUUUCUCGCUUUUUAUUCGUUUUUCGUUUCAUUUUUCCAUUCAUUCUUUCUUUCUUUCUUUCUUUCUUUCUUUCUUUCUUUCUUUCUUUCUUUCUUUCUCAUUAUUCUAGGUUUCUCUUUUUUAUUCCAGAUUUCUUUCUUUUCCUUUUCUAUUCAUUCAAUUUUUUCUUUCUUUCUUUCUUUCUUUCUUUCUUUUUUCUUUCUUUUCUUUUCUUUCUUUUCUUUCUUUCUUAUUAUUCUAGCUUUCUCCUUUUUAUUCGUUUUCGUUUCAUUUUCCAUUCUUUUUUCUUUCUUUCUUUUUCUUUCUUUCUUUUCUUUCUUUCUUUCUUUCUUUCUCAUUAUUCUAGCUUUUCGCUUUUUAUUCGUUUUUCGUUUCAUUUUUCCAUUCUUUUCUUUCUUUCUUUCUUUCUUUCUUUCUUUCUUUCUUUCUUUCUUUCAUUAUUCUAGGUUUCUCUUUUUUAUUCCAGAUUUCUUUCUUUUCCUUUUCUAUUCAUUCAAUUUUUUUUCUUUCUUUCUUUUUCUUUCUUUUCUUUCUUUUCUUUCUUUCUUUCUUAUUAUUCUAGCUUUCUCGCUUUUUAUUCGUUUUCGUUCAUUUUCCAUUUUCCUUUCUUUCUUUCUUUCUUUCUUUCUUUCUUUCUUUCUUUCUUUCUUUCUUUCUCAUUAUUCUAGGUUUUCUUUUUAUUCCAGAUUUUUUCUUUUCAUUUUCUAUUCAUUCAAUUUUUUCUUUCUUUCUUUCUUUCUUUCUUUCUUUCUUUCUUUCUUUCUUUCUUUCUUUAUUCUUUGUAUUCAUUCAUUCAAAAGGACGGUCUAA